AUGUUGGAAACGCGUUCGGCUGUUUAUAAAAUGAUAGGAGUUGCGCGGGAGGAACGGCAGAUUGACAAUUGGCCACCACCAUAUUCAUCAGACGUCACCCCAUAUAAUGAAAGAAACUUUUGUACGCUUGUAAGGCGCUCAUGUGCAACGAAAAGUAUAUCUUUAAGAAUUGCUAAAGCGAUAAUAAUCGGCGACGUUUCGGUCGGAAAAUCGUGUUUAGUAAAUCGGUUUUGUCAUAAAACAUUUAAUACUAAUUACAAAGCAACGAUAGGGGUAGAUUUCGAAGUGGAAAGAUUUGAUAUUCUUAGCAUCCCGUUUCACUUACAAAUAUGGGAUACAGCUGGUCAAGAAAGAUUUAAAUCCAUUGCUGCAUCUUAUUAUAGAGGGGCAAACGUAAUCAUUGUCACAUUUGAUUUGAGCAAUUUGAUAUCUUUGGGACAUUGUGAGCAAUGGUUGUCUGAAGCAGCUAGAAGUAAUAUAGGUCCAUACCAUCUGUUUUUAGUAGGCACAAAACGAGACUUAUUGUCCAAUCAGAUAUAUGGAAUAAUAGAGAAACGAGCUAUCGAAGUAGCACAAAAAAUAAAAGCUGAAUUUUGGGCUGUAUCUUCUAGAACAGGAGAUGGAGUAUCAGAAUUCUUUACAAGAGUCGCUGUAUUGUCCUUUCACUUUAUGGUACUAGAUGAGUUACAGAAUGUAGAACAGAAACCAAUCAGCAUCGGUUCAGACUUAAUAAGUAUGUAA